AUGUUUUUGCUUUGCUUGCGUGAUUACAGUAGUCUUCGGUUUCUUCUCUACGAUUGGAUGAUUGCACCCAUGAGAAGCAUGUGGUAUCGCGAGGUGCUUCUGCAGUGCCCUAUGGAUGCCUCUGUACUUGAUGUUUGUGUCCGCACGGCCUCAAGUCUUAUCGCAAAUCGUGAUGUCGUUCGAAGUAAAAAACUCAUUUUAACGGGGGUUGACUACGACGCAGGUUAUGUGCGUGCUGCACAAGAUAACAUCAUUAAGUACGGGUUGGAAAAGCAGGUAAAUAUCGUGCAUUCCAGUAUCCUAGAUGACACCACCUCUCGCUUUGACGUUAUCUACUUUUCUGAUAGUUUCUUGACCAUGCCCAAGAGAUUGGACGUGUUAAAAAACUGUUGCCGCAUGUUGCGGGGUUCCACAAUUAACGGUUCCCCAUGUGUUGAAAACGGAGAUGAUGGUGGUUGCGUGCUGCUUUUUACGCAGACCUUGGAGAAGCCAACUGUGAAUUUAUAUGUGCUACCCUUGGUAAAACGAUUGUUGAGGUUCUUGACGACCAUUGAUUUUGGUGGGACCACAUGUGAAGAGGAAUUUCUAUCGGUGCUCAAACACUCAGAGUUGAGGGUUGUUUCUUUGCGUGUAAUGAAUGAGUCAUGGUUUUACAGACAGGUGAUGGUGGUUGCCAAGCCAUUGAAGUGA